GUCAGGCAUACCAGUCCUGCCCUCCAACUCAACUAACACCACCUGCUCACCUAAGCUUCGUCAUGUUGCUGCCACUGCUGGGAGCCUGUGUUGUGGUGGGGCCAUUCCAGGGCCCUGAGUGGGAGCCUGUGCUGGGCCUGCUCUCUGAGGAUCACAGCUGUAGGGACCCUCGGUGUUGUGGCAACCUGCUGGUGCUCUGCCUCUUUCUGAUCUGGCAGGUCCAGCAUUAUUGGCAGCAGAUCACCAGGACCCAUCCCAGCAUGAAGAAGGUCAUCAAGGUGCCACUGCAGAAGUGGGCAGUGCCCUCCACGAGACAUGACACUUGUUUCAGGAUGACCCGUGAAUUCUUCAGCCUUAGUGAUUUCAGUGGCCUGGAUGCUCAUGUCCAACAAUGGGCACAAAAGAAGAGACAUGAAUACAGGAGGAGCCUCCAGGAAUCAUGGAACCAAUACCUGCUCUCUUGGCAGCACCCACGUCAGGGUUCAUCUUGGGAUUUCUGCACCCCCUUUGAGCCUUUCUUUUGCACCACAUCCUUUUCAAGCACCUGUAUGCUCUCUCAGGACAGUUCUUGGGAAGCAUGGCAGGUACCCUGGUGUCUCAGUGAUGAGCAGACUCACCUGAUUUGCAAGCCACUAUCCUCACCCUUGGACAGGUACCAAAGGAUGGAGCAGCUGCUGGUCCACUCCCAGGAAGAAUUGAUGCCACUGGAAUCUGUUGUCAGCAUGAGGUCUCACCUCAAACCUAUGAUUUUAGCCACCUCUCUCUCAAGCCUCCCUUCGUCUCAGAGGCUGCAGUUCUCCUCCAGAGACUUCUUGCCUGAUCCUUCCAACCAACAAGUGGGAAUGUCCACCUGGAAGUCCUGGGGCUGCUCACAAAAAACCUGGGUACCAGAGAGGGAGAACCACAUGCUAGUCAGAGAGGCUCUAGAGUGGGGAAGCCAGACAGAGAGUAGUGGGGAAGAUACUUGGGAGAUUCAAGCAACUGUGGGGCAACUCCCAAUGAACUUUGAGAUGGAGGAUGAUGCAGAAACUAAGGUCCUGGAGUGGAGAAGCCAGAGACUAGUAAUAAGUAAAACUGAUGGAGAUAUCCUGACACUAGGGUCAAAGAACCAGGACCAGAUGGGAAUUGAGAAUAGAGCCAAAAUUCAGGAACUAGGAAAUAGAAAUGAGAGGGAGGCUGAAGGUGAGAAUCCUGAAACCCAGGCACAUAUAGUAGAAAAACAGAAACAGUUAAGAUGUAAAACUGAUGCAGAGACUCAAACGCUAGAGUGGAGGAACCAGGAUAAGAGUAGAAAUGAUGAUGCUGUAGAGAUCCAGGCAUUUGAGAACAAGAAAGAGGCCAGAGAAGAGAAUGAAGGAGAGACCCAGGCCCAAGGAUUGGGGAAGCAGGACCAGACUGGAAGUGAGGAUGGUGAGGAAAACCAGGUGCCCGGCUGGGGAAAACAAGACAAGAUUAGAGAUGAUACUGGUAUAGGAAUUCAGGCACAGGAGUGGACAAACAAGGUCCAUGUUGGAGGUGAGAAUGAUAUGCAAACCCAGGUAUCUAGGAGGGAGAACCUGGCAGAAGUAAAACAAGAAGAAGGUGUGGAGACCCAGGCCCUGGGGUGGGAAAAACAGGAAUCCAUUGGAAGUGAGAAUGUUAUAGGGAUCCUGACCCCAGGGUGGGGAAAGCAGGAUCAGGGUGGAAGUGAGAAAGCUGGGAGGAUCCAAGCAUCUAGGGAAGAGAUCUGGAAACAACUAAGACAUGAACUUUUAGUGGGUUGGAGAAACCAAGGCCUGAGAAAGGGGGAGGUUACUGGGGAAACCCAGUUAUCUAGAGGGAAGAACCUCAGGGAGAUAAGACAGGAGGACUGGGUAGUGAUCCAUACAGCAUGGUGGGGAGACGAGAGACCGGUAGCAAGUGAAAUUGACAGAUGCAAGAUAUCAUAUUGGGGGAAUCAGGUUCAGAUUGGAGGCAAAAUGGACAGAGAAUGUGAGAUAUCACGUUGGGGGAAUCAAGAUCAGAUUGGAGGCGAAAUGGACCGGGAACGCGAGAUACCAUGUUGGGAGAAUCAGGAUCAGAUUGGAGGCAAAAUGGACAGAGAAUGUGAGAUAUCACGUUGGGGGAAUCAAGAUCAGAUUGGAGGCAAAAUGGACCGGGAAUGCGAGAUAUCAUGUUGGGAGAAUCAGGAUCAGAUUGGAGGCAAAAUGGACAGAGAAUGUGAGAUACUAUGUUGGGGGAAUCAGGAUCAGAUUGGAGGCGAACUUAGAGCAGAAACUCAGGCACCUGAGAAAAGAGACCAGAGAAAAGGUGGAGAUGAGGACGAUACCAAUACACUAGCUCCUGAGGAAGAGAGUCAGGGACAAUUAAGAUGUGAAACUCACAUAGACACCCAUCCACCAGAGAGGAGGAACCAGGAACAGUUUGAAGAUGAGAAUAGUAUAGACAUUCAGGCACUAGAAAAGAGAAAUAGAAGGGUUAAAGAUGAAGACGGUAAAGAGAUCCAGGAACUUGGAGAAGAAAACCAGGGGCAGUUAAGCAGUAAACAUAAUGCCAAGAUUCACACACCCAUGUGGGAAAAUCAGGAAUACAUUAGAGGCAAGGAUGGUGCAAACACCCAGGCAUCUGAGGCGGAAAACGGGGGAGAAUUGACAAGUAAAAUUGAUGGACAAACUUAUUCAGCAGAAUGGAAGAAAGAGGGGCAGGUUGGAGAUGAAAAUGGUGCAGAAAUUCAGGUUCCAGAGAAGACAAGUCAGAGAGAAGCUGGAGGUGAGGAUUAUACAGACGCCUGGGAACCUAGAGAAGAAAACCAGAGCCAGUUAAAAGGUGUUAUUGAUAGAAAGACCCAUUUAUCAGAGUGGAAGAACCAGGAGCAGCCAGGAGGUGAGAAUAGAACAGAAAUUCAGGCUGGAAGUGAGGAUGCUGUAGAGAACCAGAGGUCUGAGAGAGAUAACCAAGGACGGUUAGCUAGGGAAACUAGAGAGAGCCACUCAUCAGGAAGGAGCAAUGGGGAGCAGACUGGAGGAAAGAAGGAGGAAAAUCAGACAUUGGGGAAAAGAAGCCAGAGAGAGGCUGGAAGUGAGGAUAAUGGAAAGGUCCAGGGACUUAGGGGAGGGCCCCAGAGACUAAUAACAACCAAAAUUGAUGAAACGAGCUGUUCAUCAGAGUGGAAGAACCUGGAGCAGGUGGGAAGUGAGCAUGGUGCAGAGACUGAAAUACAAGGGAAGAGAAACCCAAGAGGGACCACAGGUGGUGAUGGUACAGAGACCCAGGCUCCGGGGGGAGAUUACCAGGGACAGGUAAGAAGUAAAGUUGAUGGAGAGAUCCGGAUACAAGGGCCAGGGAACCAGAACAAGGAUGGAGAUGAGGAUGCUGCAGAAAUCCAGGGUGUACGGAGCCAGAGAAAGUGCAGAGCUGAGGCGGCGGCGGGAGGUCCUCAUAUUCCAAGGGGAGGAAACGAAGAGCAGGUCAGAGAAAAAGAUGCUGCUAAAGGUAGUCUCCUAGUUGACUCUUUGGAGGGUGAGGGGUCUCCAGCCAUCACUGGCUCCGGGCAUGAGGCCAUGGCACAAGAACCACCAGACACCUCUGCUCUCUGUCCUGAGAUGAAGCCUCUCCCCAGUUGGAGUCAACUCUCCCUGCAAGCCAGUGGGGAGGGAAAGCAUUUGGUCAGCCAGAGCAUGGCCUCUGCCAAGAAGCAUAGAGCGGGGGUCAGUCUAGCCUUCCAGCAGGCCUCACCUGAACCCUGGAGAAGCCAAAAACAGGAUAAAAGGGUGGUGGAUCCAGGGAAGACUGCUGGCCUGACUCAGCAACUCCAGAACUUACAAUCUGGAGAAUUUCUGGCUGCACCCCUGGGCCUGCCCUCCGCCUGCUCCUCUGUCUUAUGUGGCCGAGCCCCUCAAGCUGCCACAGCUCUAGCGGGUGCUCCCACUGUCCUCACUGUCCCGCCCAAGGGGCCAAUCCUCAAAAAGAGUCAACAGCUCCUCCUGGAGUCCCUCAUGCGAUGGAAGAUAGUACACCUGAAGUGGGGCUUCCCCCAGAGGAUCCUGGAGUCCCAUUUGCUCUUUAACUUGUUAGAACCGUGCCCACUACCCCUUGCUGGCGUGAGGCUCCCUGGAUUAUACACAGCCCGUGAGCUCCAACAGCAGCAGGAAAGACAUUUUGAGGCCCAGGGCUUCAGGCCAGGUCUUAAGUCAACUGAGAGAUCCCAGAGAGUUCAGCUCCCAGAAAGAAAAAGCCCAAAACUUCCCACCCAGGACACAGCUCUGGAGAAAUGUGGGUCACACCAGUGUAAGUCCAUGGGCAUUUCCAUCCAUUCUGAAAAGCCUGGGAGAGUCAGGCCACCAGGAGGCACUAGAGAACCACUAGAUGUCCAGGAAGAGGUUCCUCCUAGAGCCAAGGCUGCUGCCGCUCCCAGGAGGAGCUCUAGGCCUGCAGCACAGUCUAGGAGCUGGUGUGGCCCAGAGCUGCCCAGUGAGAACAGCAGAGACAGGAAAAUGGUCGGGCCAGGAGCCUCCCAGAUGGUAGAGAUGGCUCCCUGCAGAGGGAGGACCUCAUACCCCAGGACGGGCCAUGACCACUGGAGGAAGGAGCGCAUAUCCCAGGAGGCCCCUAAGCCCCCCAGUCUCAAAUGUCAGUGGCCUACACAUGGGAGAAGAGGAAGCCUGGAGGCUGCCAGGAGCAGCCAGGCUGGGCAACAGCCUUCCUCCUGUUUCACAAACACCUCCAGCUUCAAAGAUAGUCUCCACUCUGCUGCAGCAAGGUUGAGUAUGACCCUUCUAAACAAGGUAUCCUGCUCCUCACACCUGGCCAAGCCUCGGCACUCAGCUCCCAACUUGAGCCUGAGGGAUCCUGAUCCUACCCUGCUUCCCAAAUUGGGUGACCAACAUACACGGGAUGGCAGCAGUGGAGUCCAUAUUUCUCUGAAGAGAGACCUUCAGCCACCAGGUCACUACUGUGCCGAGGCCACUCUUCCUAAGACAGAGAGUUUCCGGGGUCAAGGGGAACCUGAGAACCUAAAUGGAGCUCCACAGAAUGCAUCGAUCCCCCAGAAGUUUGGUUUUGUGAAGCACUGGAGAUGUUUUCUGCUCCAGCAUGGCUUUAGAAAGUAGGCCACAGGCCCAAGGUCCUCAGAACACAUAAGAGAAGGCACAAGAAUGGUCUGCUCACCCUAAAAGCUUCUAAUAAAAUAGAUUAUUUGGGCCCAGUUGGGGUUCUCAUAUUUCUGGCA